UCGAGAGCGCCUCUUAUGAAGACAUGGCGGUUUAGGGGAACGUCUGUGUUUGAAAGUUUUGCUUGAGUUUGUGUCGGAUUUUGGCGGUAUUUGGGGAUAUACGCAGGCGGCAUGGCCUUCCAGAAGAGAGGUGGGGAGGAUGGCUGCCUCUCUGCCCAAGACAUGGAUGCAGAGCGCCACAAGAACAUUUCAUACCAGUACUUGUGUCACUUAGAAGAGGCCAAGAAUUGGAUGGAAGCCUGCAUCAACGAGGAACUUCCAGAGGCUGGAGACUUGGAAGAGGAGUUGCGCCAUGGAGUCUACCUGGCUAAGUUGGCCCACUUCUUUGCACCAGAGACCGUGCCACUCCGGAGGAUCUAUGACCCAGAUCUUGCAAGAUACCGGUCACAUGGGUUGACCUUCAGGCAUACAGAUAAUAUUAACUACUUUCUCAAAGCUCUGGAGAAAUAAAGCUACCCAAUCUUCUACCCCGAGACGACUGAUGUGUAUGACCGAAAGAACAUGCCCCGUGUUGUUUUCUGCCUUCAUGCCCUCAGUUUGUACCUUUUCCGUUUAGGCAUUGCUCCCCAGAUCCAGAACUUAUAUGGCAAAGUCAAUUUCUCAGAGGAAGUAAUGCAGGCAAUGAUGAAAGAACUUAGCAAGUAUGGCUGUCAGUUGCCUCAGUUUGGCAAGAUUGGAGGUAUCCUUGCAAACGAGUUACCUGUGGAUGAAGCUGCGUUGCAUGCUGCAAUCAUUGCUAUUAAUGAAGCCAUUGAAAAAGGGGAGGACUCAGAGCUGUUAGGUACCUUAAGGAACCCCACCUGUCACUUGGAAAAGGUCUUGGACGAAAAUGCAGAUAGUUAUCUCCAGUGUCUUUCUGAUGCCAAGAUGCACAAAAAAGAGAUGGCGAUAAACAAGAGUCGUGACCAAGACUACAUACCGGAUGCCUACGAUGAAUUGCUAACCCAAGCUGAAAUCCAAGGCCAUAUCAGCUAUGUUAAUGGCAAGUAUUUCUUUCAAGAAUUUAGGUCAUGUACUGUUAGAAUAUAUAUAUUCAAGGAGAACACAAAUGCCUUGUUUAAAGCUCUCACAUCCCCUGUAUUAGGGCUGAAGGGAGUCAAACCAGACUUUGCAGGAGAAUACCUGAAAGCACUGGCAAAGGAACUAGAGGAGAAGGAGACCCAGGGAGGGAACCAAAGCUUUAACCAUAGCCUCAAUGUGUCACUCUUGCCCACAAUUCUGAGCAAAUCUUCCGUACAGGCCAUCAUCGCGUCAGUGAAUGAAGAAUCUCUAUCAAAACUAAAAUUGUUGCAAGGGCUGGCAGAAGUGAAUAGAAGCCUGGAAGAGGGCACACCCCAGGAGACUCUUAAGUAUUUGAAAUCUUUGGGGCCAAGCAUACCUACCUUGCUUGAUUUUGGCGCUCCUUUGUAUCAUGAAGAGAUGGCUGCCAUUCGUGCUGAUGCGCAGGCGGAUUUGAACCUGGAAGAAAUCCAAGGAGGUGUCCGCAUGCUGUCAGCUGUUGCAAGGGUUAAUGCUGCCCUGGACACCCACAACCCUGAAGAGGUCUGGCAUUACCUUUCCGACCCACAGACACAUGUACAGGGUUUGGAACGCGGUCAUGCCCGGGAGUAUUUCUCAUCCCUACAUGAGGCGCGCCAGGCAAAGAUAGCAUCAGGGGAAGUUUGUACCCUGUUGACCUACCUUGACCUCCAGCAAGUUAUAGAUGAAGUCAAUGACAGGUUGCAAGAAGUUAAUGACAAGGUGGGAGCCUUGACAGGUGUGAAUGAGGCAGUCAUUGCGGGUGGAGUCCAAGAUACCAUGAUCGCCCUCCAACACCCAGCCCUCCAGCUGCCCUCUCUUUCACCCACAGAUUCUCUCCACUAUUACCAGCUCCUCAAGUUGCUAAAGACUACAAAAUGCGAAAUGCUUGGUGACAGUGCUGCAGAGCUGUGGAUAGAGGACAUAGUAGAAGUGAAUGCGGUAAAAAGGCAUUCGAAGGAGUCCUCCAACACCGCCAGUGUGCUAGCUGGGAUCAACUCUGCCAUGGUGGAUGGGAAUGACUCGGCCAUUGUAGACAUACUCAGGUCUCCAGAUUUAGCACACCUUCGCAUUCAAAAGAGCCACCUCUUAGGAGUACUGACAAUGCUCAAGAAAUCAUACAGAGAAAAGGAGAGUUCCACCGUGACAUGUCCAUGGAUCCCCUACUCCCUCACUGAUGGGUCUAAGGUAUAUUUGAAUCUCGCGAAUGGAGGAUACCAGUGGGAGAAGCCAGAGGAAGUGGUGAUGGCCCACCAGAGCCGCUACCUGACUUUGGUCGACCUGGAAGAUGCUGUAAUGGUCAUCAUGCAGCAGGAAGCCAACAACAAAAGGUUGGACCAAUUAAUGGUGCGACUGCAGGCCAGAGCACGUGGCUGGUUGCAGCGCCAGAGAAUAAGCAGAUUAAAAGCUGCAGCCUUAGCAAUACAGGAGUACUUGAGUGAGGACUCUCCUGGGUGUGUGGCAUGUAGACCUGACACACAAGAACAUUUGUGCAGUAUGAAGACUCCUUGCUUCCUCUUAGUAAUGCUAUUACCCCGUAUUGACUGGAAUAGCACCGGCUCCAGGAAGGACACCAUUUCCAUGCUGUGCAUUGUAUUCCUGGCCACCAAUGGCCAAAUAUGGACAUUGGAAUAUGGCUUGUGGCGUAUGGUAAGAGCCCGGAAAAUGUACGUCAUGUACUGCCAAGCCCUGAGGAUGUCAGAGCCGUAUGUCAUCGUUAUUCAGAGAGCAGUGCGGAGUUGGCUUCACAGAAGGAGGAUAAAUAAGCUGUCUCAACACUUCAAUGAACAUGAGAGGCAGGUAGUAGUGAUCCAAAGAGCAUGGCGAGCACACAAGGCUAGAGUGGAUCUCCGCUCCCUCACCCACCAAGCCAACCCACCACUAUCUGUCAUCUGCAAAUUCAUCCAUCUGUUGGAUGUGUCUGAGAAGGACUUGGAUGAAGAGUUCAAACUGCAGCGUACAAAGAGCGACAUGGUAAAGACAAUAAGACACACCCAUCAGCUGGAGACACAGGUGGAUGAGCUGGAUGUGAAGAUCGGACUCCUUGUUCACAACCGCAUUACGUUGCAGGAUGUGCUUCCAGCUGACAAGGAGAAUGUGAACCCAAAUGUGCCAGAAACUAAAACAAGGAGGAGCAGGAAAGGCUCUAAAGAUACCCUGAAGUAUGGCUCUAUGAGAACACAGCGAGGUCUUAAGGCCUUCAAGAAGGAGUCAAGGGAGAAGCUGCUAUCCUACCAGCACCUCUUCUACCUUCUCCAGACUCAGCCGCACUACUUGGCUACCCUCAUUUUCGCAAUUCCUCCCGGCAAGACCACAAAGUUCAUAGAAAAUGUGAUUUUCACCCUCUACAACUACGGAGCCAAUGACCGUGACAACUUCUUGCUCCUAAAACUUUUCAAGACUGCAUUGGAGGAGGAAAUAAGAUGCAAAGUUCUUCGUCUAAGUGACAUUGUCUCAGGAAACCCAUUAGUAGUGAAGAUGAUAGUGUCAUUUAACAGGAAAGGUGCAGGACAAGCUUCACUUCGGGACAUGCUUGGCCCGCUCAUCCACAGGAUUCUGGGUGAUAGUGGGAUGCAGAUCAACACCAAUCCUGUGGAUAUCUAUAAGAGCUGGAUCAAUCAGCUUGAGAUGCAUUCUGGACAGGCCAGUGGAUUGCCAUAUACUGUCAACCAGGAUCAGGCUCUUCAGUACCCAGAAGUUCAGAAGAGGCUGGCACAGGCCAUCACCACGCUGAAGGAGGUUACUCUAGCCUUCUGCGACCAGAUCACAACAAACAGAGAUGUUAUACCUUAUGCCAUGCUCUACAUGGCAAAGGUCAUGAGACAGGCUCUUCAGAGGCGUUUUCCUCACAUACCCGAGAAAGAGAUCUUGAAGGUUGUAGGAAACCUUGUCUACUACAGAUACAUCAACUCGGCCAUUGUAGCUCCAGAUGCUUUUGAUAUAGUAACAGUUUCACCUGACCAAAAGCUGAACAAUAAUCAACGCAGAAAUCUGGCCAGCAUAGCCAAGAUCCUGCAGUUUGCUGCAUCUAAGAAAGGAUUUGGCGACGAGGCAAUCACACCUGAAGUGCCUGAACCCUUCAUAAUCGAGUGCCAUGAGAAAUUCAAGAACUUCUUCCGUCACUGCUGUGAGGUAGAGGAACCAGAGACUGUGUACAACGUCACCCAAUACUCCGAGGCCACGCUUAUUGUCAAACCCACCAUCUACAUCACAAUCCAGGAAAUCUGUGAGACCCACCAACUCCUGCUGGACCAUGAGGAGAUCCUUGCCCCAGACAGCAACGACCCUCUCCAUGUCCUACUCUCUGACCUUGGGGAGAGACCCCUCCAGUCCAUGCCCUCUAGGCAGGAUGGAAAGUGUGUCUGGCACUCAUCAACAAGUUUUGAUGUGACAGAAACGGCAGAAGAAAAGGACUCGAAGGAUUCCAACAAAAUGUUCAGCAGGACAAAGCAGCUCUUGGUAGAUGUGCUUCGGUGUGUGGAAGGAAGUUCCAUUGGGCAGCUGGUGACGGGACCAACUCUGUCACCACAAGAGGAAAGGUACCGCUCCAUCAUCCACACACGCACCCGGCAAGAGCACCAAGCCAAGCUCAACCACACGGCACUCAACCGCUCCAACUCCUUCCUUGCUGAGACCAGGGUGAGCUUGCACGAGGUUAAAACCCGUCUGACCCACAACCUGCGCAGGCUAGAAAAUCAGGGCCUGAAGUCGUCAGACAAUUACCAGACCCUCUUGAAUGCAAUUGCCAGUGACAUUGUUAAUCAGCGGCAACACAGAAUAUCUCGAAGAAUUUCCAGACAGGAGUUGCAGAGACUACUAGUGACAGCUAAACAGUUAGAGGAGAAAGAAAAGUUCUACCGGGAUCAGCUGGAUUCAUACCACACCUACCUCAGUACCUGCCUUGCCAAUAUUGCAGCCAGAAUAAGUAAGUUUGUGUUAUAUUGUGAUGUGCUUGGGCCAUGCUGUAAUUAUGGCAUGGGUAAAGUCAGGAAUGUGCACCAGGCCUCAAGCAAGCAAAAUGGUGAGAAGACACGUUCAAAGCAGACCAUAAAGUACCCGGCUACCAAACUCAUGGAGAAAGGUGUACUGCUGGAGGUGGAAGACCUGCCUGAGACACAGAGGAAGAAUGUGCUAUUUGAAAUCACUCCUCUGGCUACCACUGGUAUUUUCCAUGUUCAGGUCAAGUUCAUGGGGGUGCCAAUGGAGUUUGUUGAAAUUGAUAUUCAGGAGUUACUACAGCUUCAGUAUGAAGGCGUUACAGUCAAGAAGAUGUUCUCCAAAGUAAAAGUUAAUGUGAACCUCCUACUCCACCUCCUCAAUACCAAGUUCUACUCAAAAAAGAAGUGAAUAUACUCGAAGACAGGUCCCGCAAACACCAGGAAAGCAUGAGUUGUAAGAUUUUGUACAUAGGAAUGAAAGUUCUGGUAAACAUGAGUUAGAAGAGUGUUUUUGGGAAAGUCUUUUUGUACUGCAGGUGGGCAAGUAGUGGCAGUAUGUGACAAUUUAACUAUCCAUUGUAAAAGUGGACAGUUAUGCAUUAUCUUCUAAAUACUGUCUUCUUUCUAUCUGUUUUCUUUAUAUCACACUAGUCUUGUUUUGUAUUUCUAUAGCUGUCUCUUUCUAUUUUUCGAUUUUUAGAUAUUUCUAGGAUGAUUCUAGAUAUCAUUAACUUUCAUUUUAUUGAUUCCUUUCUUAAAUGACCUGAUACUAGCAUUUAAGGGAGUCAUAACUGAUGCAUUAGUUCAUCAGACGCAAAAUACAUGUAUUGUUCAUGCAUAAUAUGCAAAUUACCCAUGCUUUAAACAUACACAGGCACAUAUACACAAGCUCUCUCUUACACACAGCCAUAUAUAUAAACAAAUUAAAUUACAUA